AUGGAAAAUACUGGAAAUAAAUCUCUGCAUACAACUCAGAAAAUAUCAUUUGCAUCACAAAUUCUGUUAAGAGUUUUGGCCAUUGCAUGUUCAUUGGCUGCUACAUGGCUUGUCAUCACCAGCAAGCAAACAGUUGUGGUUUUCGGGAUAGCGGUCAAUGCACGUUAUAGCUAUUCGUCGGCUUUAAAGUUCUUCGCACUUGCAAAUAUUAUUGCUUGUGCAUUUUCAGUUCUGUCUUUGUUUAUUGUUUUAUUCCUUGGUUACAAGGCUGUGGAUUCAAGAAAUUACUUCAUCAUCUUUCUUCACGACUUGAUUUUGACAAUGUUGUUGAUGGCGGGAUGCGCAGCAGCAACCGCGAUAGGGUACUUGGGGAAAUAUGGGGAAGGCCACACUGGUUGGACUGGGAUUUGCGACCAUUUUGCCAAAUAUUGCAAAAGAAUUACAUUAUCUGUUGUGCUGUCGUUUUUCUGUGUUGUGUUCUAUCUUUUCCUCACUGUAAUUUCCGCGAAUAAAUCACGGAAAAUUUGA